AUGGAUUCACGCGUAGCUGAUCAGAUAGCCUCCUUGGGCUUGGAAAGCCUUCCACCGGAUCAAAUGCUACGGUGCUGCUUGAAAAUCAAAGCAAUAAUCACAACUAGCUCAUCUUAUUCGGCGCGUCUCCGGGACACGGAUCAUUUUACAAGAAUUCAAAACUGCCAGGAAAUUGGCGCAGGCCUACAAGGAAUUGUCUACGAGCAACUGGGUACCGCAUACGUCACCAAAAAGGAGCUACCUACAAAUCAAGGCCGCCACUUACGUGACGAGUUCGCAAUGCAUAAGAGAGUAUCAGAUGCUUUCGAGAGAUAUGAAGAACACGGUGGUGGUCGAUAUCGCCACGAUGGAAAGGAUUAUACCGCUGCCAAAGGUGGUACGGAAGGCCUUGAUUCGGAAGUUCUACCCCGAGAAAAACGAGCACCUAGUCGCCCAAAUACUGGGAGAGAGGGCAAACAAGCAUUGCCUAGCACGUAUUUACCUAGGGAAGGAGGCGGUCGCGGUGUUAAAGGAGAGUUUUUGCGGAAUAUUCCUCUUGCACUCGACGCCAUGGAUGAUCUGGCUUUAGACGCCGUACACUUCGCUGCCAUGAUCGGCAACGCAUAUGCUCUCAUGCAUUGGGCCGCCAACAUUACAGGGGAUGAUGUCGAGUUUGUCCUCGGUACAUCGGCUUCUGGCGAUUAUGAUUCUCAACAUCGAAAAGUCCAUAUGUAUCUACUUGACUUCGGUCAAUGCGACGAAGCCGACAUGAACGGGGAGAAGGAGGACAUUUUCCAGACCUUCAAAGGGUCCAUGGUUCUUCAACAAAAUCAACCAUACCUAUCACACCCCAGGAGACGCGCUGCGUUAUAUCAGGCUUGGAGAUCGGCGUAUCUUAGUAUUGCUCGGUAUGUUAUUGAACGCGAACGCUUGUUAUUUGACUCUGAGGAAUUCGUAAAUGAAUAUGAGGAGUAUCUAGAGGAUUUUGAUCCGUAA